UUCACUGGUCACACUUCCUGGGAGCUGGUCACAUUCUCGCUGUCUCCGUUCAGCAAAGAUGUGGAUUCCUAAUUUACCUGUGACGAUAGUCAGCGCUGUAGUGGCCGGCGCAGGCGCUUUGUGUAUAGUCAAAGAUAUGUACGGGGGGUCACCGUAUGAUAGGAACGUACGCGCGGACAACCUCACUGUGGUGGUGACGGGGGCCAACAAUGGUAUAGGUCGGGAAGCGGCCUGGGAGUUCGCAUGGAGAGGCGCUAAGGUGUUUAUGGCUUGCCGCAACAUGGAGAAGUGCGAGAGUGUGCGUCGCGACAUGGUGCUGGAGACUGGCAACAAGUACGUGUACUGCCGACCCUGCGACCUCGGCUCUUUGGCCUCCGUGAGGCAGUUCGUCGAGAGGUUCAAAUCCGAGGAGCCGCACCUCCACGUGCUUGUAAACAACGCGGCAGUGAUGGAAACCCCAAAGAGUGUCACAGCAGACGGCUUCGAGACCCAACUGGGUGUCAAUCACAUGGGACACUUCCUACUCACAAACCUACUGCUGGACACAAUAAAGGCAUCGACGCCGAGCCGGGUGGUGGUGGUGACGUGUGGUGCCCACCGUCGUGGUGAGAUACACAAGGCCGACCUCAACAUGAGUACGGAGUACACACCCGCGACCGCGUACGCGCAGAGCAAACUCGCUAACGUGCUGUUCGCGAGAGAACUCGGACGCAGAAUGCUAGACACAGGCGUGACCGUAGCAGCAGUGGACCCCGGGUUCACGGACACCGACAUUACCAGACACCUGGCGAUGAUGAAAAGCAUCACCAGGUUCAUCGUGUACCCUAUGUUUUGGCCGGUGAUGAAGACGCCCAAGAUUGGGUCCCAGGUUAUACUGCACGCGGCAUUAGACCCCAGCAUGGCAGACUCCGCUGGGGACCAUUAUGUAGACAUGAAGAAAUCUGAACCAUCUAAAGAAGCACAAGAUUUCGAGACAGCUCAGUGGUUGUGGCGGGUCAGCGAGAAGUGGACGCGGCUCGAGGAGCAUAAGGCCGCCAUUAAAGCUGCUAAAAUAUAGCUUUAAUUUAUUAUAAUAGAAAAAAAAUUAGGACACUACAGCGCCAUCUAGUUCCAAACUAGAAAGAACUGAUAAAUAGAUAGUUUAUUUGCUUAAACAUUUUUUAUAAGUUUUAGAAGAAAAGUUUGUAAUAUAAUAAAUAGGUUUUAGAAUAAAAGUAACUACAAACAGAUUUAUUUCUUUGUAAAUAUAUAGAACACAGUCGAUACCCGCGAAU